AUGGUUUUCGCGUAUUCUAAGGACUCGGACGACACGCUCGUUCUGCAGGGCUUGGCCUCGCCGACCUUUUCGACUGACGAGUCCCCCCUCUUCUCGGAUGCCACCGUUGACAUUGCCUGGCCCUCCGCAGGAUCCCAGUUCCACGGCCAAGGGCUGUGCAAACCUUGCGCAUGGCUCUGGAAGCCUAAGGGCUGCUUGAACGGCACUGCGUGCCUUCAUUGCCACCUUUGCCCCAAGAGCGAGGUGAAGUCCCGAAAGAAGCUUCGAGCCAAGGCCCGCAAGGCCACUCGUCAUGACACCCAAGAGGAAGCCCCACAGGACGACGGGGAGACGUUGGUGUCCCCACGCUUUGCGGCAUUUGCGGCAAUCCCUCCACCGCCGGGGCUGCCUCCACCCCCGGGGCUUACCCUGCCCCAGGCCGAGAGCCCCGAGCCAAGCCCUUGCAGCCCAAUCUUUGAGCCGCCCCCCAUGCCUUUGCAGCCGGAGACCCCUGCCCAG